GAGACGCUUUCUACCUUUCAGAAAGAACACAGAACAGCGCGCAAUACACUCUCUCUCCUCAUUCGCGACCUGGUACAUCUUCUCGGUCUUCCUAGUGCUCUCUUUUGUGAUCGAAAUUCAUGGAAGGCCCUCGAUUUACCAUUCUCAAAUUCUGGCUUUUGCCCUCUCGCGCUCUCUCUCUCAAUUUCUUUUGAAAUUAGAUACCCAUAUGGAGACUUCUCCCCAAAGUGUCUCGAUCCGUCGUAUCUUUAUUCAACCACUCUCUCACGCUGUUCUUCUGGUUUAGCAAGCGUUUCGGCAGGCGAUUUGGUUUUGGGCAAUGGGCUAUGGUAAUACCUUUCCAGAUCUGGUUUUUCUUUUGGUGAGGGUGUGGAAAUUUAACUUUUUUUGAAUUGGUCAAAUCUGAUAAUCAAGAUCAGAGAACUUAGGUAUUUCAAUUGUGGUGUGGUUUAGCUAGUACUGGAAUUAAUUGUCUGUUUCCAUCUAUCAUUCCCCUAUCCUCUGAAAUUGCUUCUUUUUUUUUUUUUUUUUUUUUCUUAUGAAAGAAAAAAAAAGAAAGAAUGUUUGUCCCCUUUGAAUCUGUAUCUGAAGCUAAACACAUACAAAUCUACAUGAAGGUAAAGUCAAUAUUUUUGUCCGUAUAAAGAGGUACGCUCCACUUUGAAUAUUGCACAUAUAAUGAGUGAUUAUGAAUGUUCUUUCCUAUUUCUGGCUUAAUGAGGGAUUUCAUUAUUCACAGAAGUUUUUAUCAUGGGGAUUGGUUGAUGCUAUGCACAAUGCAAUAUCUAAAAAUUGCGAGGCUCAAUGCAGACCUGAGGGAAUUGAGGCAUUACCUAAAGGAAUUGUUUCCAAGACCUCUGACUUUGUAAUGCAACCAUUAUGGGGACCCCGAACUCAAAAGAAACCAAAGUCAUCAACAAACUUAUUGGCCAUUGCAGUUGGAAUCAAGCAAAAAGAAAGUGUAAACAAAAUUGUAAAGAAGUUUCUAUCAAGCGAUUUCGUCGUGAUGCUAUUUCAUUAUGAUGGUAAUGUAAAUGACUGGAGGGAUUUGGAAUGGAGUGGUCGGACCAUACAUGUAUCUGCCAUGAAUCAAACCAAGUGGUGGUAUGCAAAGCGAUUCUUACACCCAGAUAUUGUUUCUGAGUAUGCAUUCAUCUUCCUUUGGGAUGAAGACCUUGGAAUCGAAAACUUUAAUGUUGGAAGAUAUCUAUCAAUUAUUAGAAAAGAGGGGCUUGAAAUUUCACAGCCAGGACUUGAUCCUGACAACUCGGAGGUGCAUCAUGAUUUUACAGCAAGAGACAAGAGAUCAGAAGUACAUAGGAAGAUAAACAAGACAAUUGGUGGUGGAAGGCGUUGCAAUGAAAAUAGCACAGAUCCUCCAUGCACAGGGUUUGUUGAAAUGAUGGCUCCUGUUUUUUCAAGAGCAUCCUGGCACUGCGUGUGGCAUAUGAUUCAGUGGUAGGGUUGUGAAUGGUUAUGGUGGUGGCCGAAGCACACCUUUAGAUAAACAAGAACCCACAGUUGUUCAUCAAAAGCCAGGACCCCUUCAAACCAUAUUUGAUCUACUUCCAGAUGAGAUUGUGGAACAUAGUUAUUCAUGUGCACUUGAGAGGUCGUUCUUAUAUCAUGGCCGUAUGUAUGUCUCUGCAUGGCACAUUUGCUUCCACUCUAAUGUGUUUUCUAAGCAAUUUUGUCUAAGGGGCACUUGUACAAGAUUAUGAUUACCAAUAUUGGUUGGUUCUUUUGUACUGAAAAGUGUAGACAUUUCAAAUAGUACGUUGGUUCAUGCUAUGAGUAGCUUUACAAAAGUUUAAGAGGAAGGAAAUCUGAAAGGUGGAGCGAAGGUAAAAAGGAUUCAUGAAGAAGCAUGAGUUAUGGAAGUUCUGAAAAAGCUCAUUACAGAAAACAUGCCAUUCUUCCCUUAAAGAUAAGUGGCUGUAAGUUAAGUUCAAAUGAUGAGAGGCCAAGUAUGUAUGUCUCUUGUCAUCUAGGAUUACAUAACAUUAGAACACUUAUAAGUAGGAAUUAAUUACUGGAUUAUAUUGUAACGAGUAAAAGAUACAAUGACAUUUGUUUUGGGAUUGUAAAGAUUAUUUGUAUGUAAAUGUCUUCUUUUUGUUUCAAGGAUAUUUUUUUUUUUGUGUUCUAUAAUAGAUAUAAGGACGUUUUUUUAGCGUCCUAAUAUACAUUAGAUGACCC